AUGCCGAUAAAUUAUAGUAAAUGGGAUGCACUCGAACUGAGUGACGACUCCGAUGUCGAAGUUCACCCCAAUGUUGAUAAGCGUUCUUUCAUUCGAGCAAAACAAAACCAAAUUCAUCAGCAGAGAUAUGAGCGAAAGAAUAAAAUAGACACCUUCAAGUACGAACGAAUCAUCAACGAUGGACUUCUCAAGAGGAUAAGCGCUCUACUUGUCGCUCUACAGUCCUACAGUCCCCAAACCGAUAAACGCCCAGAUGAUCUUGCAUUUCGAGCAUUGAUGGAAUCAACUGGCGAGGAUGACUCCCCACCACCACCACCGGAAGGGGUACACACCCACGUCAAGGAGGCACCUCCAACAUACUCUAAGAUGAUGGCUGCGCUUAUUGAUCAAGUCAAGACAAAGGUCGACGAGGACAAGCCGGAGAACCGUUUCGAGGCAUAUAUCGCCGAAAUCAAGGUACAUCAAGCAAAGGUCGAGGAUCUCCAAAAAGAACUUGCGGUGGAAUUAGAUACUCUAGAGAAAGAGGAGGGCAAGAAGAUUACUAGUGAGAGUAUACACACUGGAUUCGACAGCUCGUUCGUGUCAAAAGCAGAUCCAGAACCGAAAAAGACUUCAUCUAAAGACAAAGCCCAAACUGUCGAAGUCCUAAACCCUCAUGCCCUCGCCAAUGAAGAUGGCUCGAAGCAAAGUGAAGAAUCCUCGGGAGCUGAUGCAGAUGUCGAUGAGGAUGACGAAGAAGAUGACGAUGUAGAACCUACCGAGCUUGGAAAGAAAUUUGCACUGAUUAGGAUCGGCGAUUAUCGUGCAUGCCUCCAAUACAUUUCCUCCAAUCCUUCAGUACAAGCAGAAAGAGAGACUGAUGGCUUAUUGGUCAUGGCAUUCAACUCUGCAAUUGCAGGCAAAGAUGAUUUUGCUAGGCAAUGUGUCCACCAAGCUCUACUACUUCAAUACUGCAGGGCACUUGGAAAGGAUGGCGUUGGCUUAUUCUUCAAGCGCAUCACCACCAAAGGGCACCAAGCACAAAAGGUCUUCUUCGAUGACGUUAACUCUACUUUUGAUAGAGUACGCACCCGGGCUAGGGAGAUUCAGAAGCAGAGAGCAGCCGAUGAUGGACCAGAAGGCGGAGUUGAACAAAUCCAACUUCAUGCUGUCGAUCCCAAUACCACUAUCAACAUCACGAUUCCGCCCGCUACAAGUGAGGACCCAGAAGUAAUUAAGUCGAGAGAUUUAUACAAUGCAUUCCCUCCUGGACUGCAACGAGCUCUGGAAAGUGCUAGCUUGGUUGAAGUUAAUAAGGUAUUAGGCAAGAUGAGUGUGGAGCAAGCUGAAGAGAUUGUAGGCCAGCUGAGCGAGGGCGGAAUGCUACAACUUGAGGAUCAAAUUGUCGACGCCACGACCGAAGAAGGACAAGCUGCAGUAAGGCAAUUUGAAGAAGAUGAAAGACAACGAGUAUUGGCAGAGAAUUAUGGUGACCCAGAAUAA